AUGACCCAUAUUCAUCUGCCAGCCUAUGGUGCUGCAGAGACAGAUGUCAUAGUAUCACAUUUGGUGCAGCACUAUGAACAGCUAUUCAGACAGACAGCCCCAGAUCAGCAGAAGAGGACUGCCCUGUGGAACGAACUAGUCCACAGGGUCAGUGAUGUUGAAUUGUAUAACCGCAGCUAUGAGCAGGUCCGGCAUCAUUGCAGCGACCUGCUUUGCCAUGUACGUCAGCGUGCUGCUGCUAUUCCAAAGUCUGUUUGCACGGAAAGCUGCUCUGCUGGAUACAGAAAGGCAAUGCAUGAUGGUCAGCCUUCCUGCUGCUUCUACUGCAUCAGAUGUGCAGAUGGGGAGAUAUCCAACCAAACUGAUUCUAAUGAAUGCAUCUCCUGCCAUGAAGACCACUGGCCCAAUGAAGCCCAAACCAGAUGUAUUCCGAGAGUCAAAGAGUUUUUUUCUUUCAUUGAACCUCUUGGGAUAGUGACCACUGUUAUCUCUGUAUGCAGUUCUCUUUUUACAGUGUCUGUUCUUGUAGUUUUUGUAUGGUACCAUGGAACUCCAAUUGUCAAAGCUAAUAAUCGUGAACUGAGUUACCUACUUCUUCUGGCUCUUAUUUUAUGCUUCCUUUGUCCACUGAUUUUUAUUGGUCAGCCAGACACUGUAAACUGUAUCUUGAGACAAACAACUUUUGGAAUCAUCUUUGCCAUGUGUGUUUCAUGUGUGCUUGCUAAGACAGUAAUGGUUGUCAUGGCUUUUAAUGCAAAAAAGCCUAACAGUUCCUUACGAAAGUGGGUUGGUCCAAAGCUUUGCUAUGUUAUUGUAAUUACCGGGACAUCAGUGCAAGUAAUUUUGUGCUGUACUUGGUUAGCUAUUUCCCCACCCUUUCCAGAAUACAACAGAAUGUUGUAUCCUGGCAAAAUAAUUAUUGAAUGCAAUGAAGGCUCUUCAGCAGCAUUCUGGUGCAUGCUGGGAUACUUGAGUCUUUUAGCACAUAUAAGCUUUGCAUUGGCUUUCUUGUCAAGGAACUUGCCUGACAGUUUUAAUGAGGCCAAGUUCAUCACAUUUAGCAUGUUUGCCUUUGUCAGUGUGUGGAUAUCAUUCAUACCAGCUUAUUUAAGUACACGAGGAAGGUAUAUGGUGGUUGUGGAAAUAUUUGCUAUUUUGUGUUCAAGUUCUGGUUUGCUUAUUUGCAUUUUUGCACCGAAGUGUUACAUACUAUUGUUAAGAACAGAUUUAAAUACAAAAGAAUAUUUAAUGGGUAGAGCAAUUGUUAAUAAGAAAACAUAG